GAUCGCGCAUCAGUUGACAUUUGACUUCGGAACGAUACGCGUCGUGGAGAUUUCGGGUGCCGUGGUGUGAUUGAAAGUGUGUAUUGUUUUCCCAAAGGAAAGCGUGUAGUCCACAAGGAAUAAAGAAAAAAUAAAUAAAAAGCGCUCAAAACGAUGCAACGGUCGAGAAUGUCUGGCGUCAGUUGGGGAUUUGGGAUGGUGUGUUGGUUCUUGCUGCUGGCAAACCUGUUCUAUCGAACGCAGGUUUCAUGCAGCUCGGUUCUAGUGGCCGACUUCCGGAUGACCCGCAUGGUCGAGCUUAGCAGUCGACCUCCCUACUGCAAGAUACACUCCGAUCGAGGAGAUAUUCAGCGAAUGUUGUUAGCGUCUGACACAAAGAAGAUGCGUCAAGUGCCGCGUGAAUCGGUAAUUGCUUUGGAGGAAGUUUGUGGCGAAGCUAGCGACAUCUCCGGUGAGCUGCAGGGAGGAUUGGGUUUUAUCUAUCCUGGCACUAAGUGGUGCGGACCGGGUAAUAUUGCAACAAACUAUUCGGAUGUAGGACGAUAUGGUGCCGAAGAUCAGUGCUGCCGGGAGCAUGAUCUGUGCCCGAAUGUACUGCUGCCCGGUGAGUGCCGCCGUGGGCUAUGCAAUCGUGGAACCUUUACACGGUCGCACUGUGAUUGUGACGCACGGUUCAGGAGGUGUUUGCAAAACUUAAACACGGAAACGGCCAACACACUGGGUGCUAUAUUCUUCAAUGUCGUCCAGGUGACAUGCUUCGGCGAGAGAAGACCGUGUUCGGUUUGGCAAAGAGUGGGUUUCAACCAGACGGAAGCGGACGAGCUUUGUUCACGGUGGAAGUAUCGGCCGAGCGAAAAGUACAUCCCAAUUAUGCAGCAAAAGUCCAAUAAAUAGUCCAACCUCCAUGUCCAUACGAAGUGAUCCGGAUGAUCGGAUAUUAAUUCGGCUACUGAAGGUGAUGGCCGUUGGAGAGCACUACUGGCCAUGUACAAGGACGUAAAGCAAUGAGCCAAAGAAAGUUAAUAAACCGGACGUGGGUAGUGUCCGCUCCGGGGUGAGCUUCGUGAAUCUGUCUACUAUUAGUACACCAAGAUGAUGUUGAUCUUGAUGAGCACCGUACGGCUAUAUGAUCAUUCUCAGGUAAAAGUAUGUCACACUGUUGCACGGUAGAAGAUGUGACAGAUGCCGAAUCUCUUCAUUGAGAUUGCAGUUUAAACUAAACUUCAAAUAGAGAGAGUUUAAUGGGAAAUAAAUAUUUGAAAAUUAUGUAUCAUAAUGAUUGCAAUAAUUAUAACCAGUAAAGAGUUUAAAAAUGGUUUUAGGUAGCUAUAUGCGAUAACAGAUGUGGAAAUGGAAGGUUGAAUGAUUGACUU